UUUCAGCCCCUCCGCUGCAGAUAGCCGCCCAGGAUGUGGUCCCCGCGCAGCGGCCGACUAGUGCGUCAGUGUCCUCUUGUUGCGGAGUUGCGCCUAGGGGCGAUUUUGCCGCCUAACGCGCUGUGCCAUCGCCUCUACUGUCCGAGGGUCCGGAACUGGAGGAGAUAGUGGGACUGGCGUCGGCGACGAGCGCUUCCAGUGGUCACGGUGCUCGGGUGAGGACGUUUCCUCAGACCGCCGUCUCUGGGCCGAGGUGUCGGCUGAACGAGGAGGGCCGUCCACUACCUUUCAGACGAGGGUACCCUAGAAGCUUCGUCUUCAACGUCCUGCCACGAGCCAGGACACCGCGCCGCCGACUCACUGAACACGAUCGAUUCUGCCGACACACCGACUGGCGGUGUUGAUGUCCGGCGCACUUCCAGACGGGGACAAAGGGCCGACGGAGGAGCCGGAGGGGCACGAGCUGCACUGCGUCCACCGGCCGGUUCAGUCGACAGAGCGGGUGGUCCAACUGUGUGUGGACGGUACUGAGCUCUGUCCACCGGAGCCGACCACGGCGGAGGCGGCGAAUAUCAGAUGGAGAUGACAGAUGUGCGUGAAGACCUGGCCGCCCUUCGCCGGGAGAUGGCCUCACUGAGCAAAGUGGUGGCCGGUGCGGUGGUCCGCCUGGAGCAGGCAGUUAUCGAGGAGCGGACCACUCGCCAGACCGUGGUGGAGGAUCUGCGGCAGGAGGUCCGCCGGCGAGCGGCGCCAUCCGGCCGUCCCCAGGGUAGGGCUAGAAAACAGGCGAAUGACGUCACAGUACAGACGGAGCCCCAGCCAUCGGCAGUCAGUGACGUCAUAGUACAGACGGAGCCCCAGCCAUCGGCAGUCAGUGACGUCACGGUACAGACGGAGCCCCAGCCACCGGCAGACAGUGAUACCACAGUGCUGAGAGAGGCGCUAAGGACCGUGACGACGUUCGACGCUCCGUCAGCCCUUGGCGAGGACCAGCUGACGGCGCUUCUGCAGAGUCUUCCUCGCUUGGAGGAGCUGACCGUCAGGGUCCCGUCCUUCGGAACGGGGCGGUGGCUGCGGCUGCUGCCGACGUCACUGAGGACGCUAUACGUUGCCGGGCCGGAGGUGACGAAGCCGAGGUGGCCGGGACGGUACGGGAGUGGUCUGUCGGUAUCUCUCCAGGGGGUGGCUGCCGACACCAUCAGCCACCUGGCCACGGAGCUGGGGUCUCGGAUUACGCUACUAGUCACGGAUGCACAAAUGACUGCUAUCCCAAGUCAGCUUCGUGGUGCCAUCAUCAGGGUGGGCCCAAACACUAUCAUCCUUCCGGCCGGAGUCGGUGACAGCGAGCUGACGGAGCUGCGGAGCUCACGGAAGACUGUGAAGCGGCUGUCAGUCUCCGCCGCCGACCUCCCGCGACUGAGGGAGCAGCUGCCGGAGGGCCUCGAGCGCCUCAAUGUCAGAGACACCGGCCGGGCCGUGCUGACCGCCCUGAAGGAGGCGGACCUGGGCCGGGACAGUGACGGCGAGCCCCGUACCAUCUGUCUCCUUGUCCCCAAGGAGCUGUACCGUCAGCUGGGGAGACGGGAAGGCGAUGGGGUCAUACUGUGGCCGUGGUAG